AUGCUUGGAUCCCUACUGCUUUCCCAGAAAGGGAAGCCCAAGACAGUCUCUGCUCACAUCGAGGAUCUUCCUACAGAGGUAAUGCUGAUGAUCCUGCACCAAGUAGUUGGGGCCGAUUCCACCACUGAUCCAGAAUACUCUUUCGACCCGAUACUUUCAAGUCUAUGUCUUGUCAACCGCCGGUGGAAUGGAAUAUUCACGCCCCAGCUUUAUGCUCACUAUGAUUUCAAAAACAAUCCCGACGAAUUUGGAUCGUUCUGGUGCUUCCUGCGCACUCUUGUCACUAGGCCGGAUAUUGCGCAGCAUGUACGCCAGCUAACCCUACACAAGAACCUCUUCCCGGCAGUUUCUCUAGAUGGGAAAAAGGUACGACGCAUCAAGGACCACUAUGACGGAAACUCACCAUGGCUGGAGACGGCAUUCAGCCAGGCUGGUUGGAAUGAGCCCUAUAUCAAUAGGUCCCGGUGGGGCCUCGGCCUCGCCCAGCAAGACCAGAACGACGCAACUCUAGCGGAAAUGGCAAGGAAAGUGAUAUCCAAUGACUUUCCGAGCUUUGUCGACAAGGGCCACAUCACUACUGAUAAUUCAUAUCAUAAGAGCUACAGGUUUCCACUCUUCGCCCUGGUCAUUGCCCACUGUCCCAGGCUCCGUCGACUGUCCACCCCCGUCCACCUUGUUGACCCUUUCCUUGACGAGGUCCUAUAUUGGGCAACAUACGGUGCUACAGGCCCUAACCGCCCUAAAGAGAUUGGCCUCCAGGAACUGGAGAGUCUUUCCUUACAGCGGGAAGAAUCCUUUGGCUGUUCGCCUGAUGCUGGCUUUGUUGUACACUCAUCCAGAAAACCUGUCUGCGCAAGACCUUAUUACCGGCUUCCUCAGCUGAAGCAAUUAGAUACUGACGAGACAUUCAAAGACCGCGGCGUGUUCGACGACGUCAAGAAGCCGUAUCAGAGCGACAUCCAGGAACUUACCGCCCAAUAUCCAAAGGAGAUUCUCUCUCUCCCUAAUGGGACGCUCCUCAGCCGAAUUUCCAAUCUGCGCUCCCUAUCCCUGAGUCUUGCCCCAUGCGCCAAGCCAGCAUCACACAGCACAAUCAUAAACCACUAUUCGCAGCUCUGGAACUGUCUAUCCCACUUCCGCGACACGCUGGAGUACCUCGACAUCGACACAGACACAGAUUUACAGCACUUCAUCCAAACCUACGGCAUCCAGAUCCCAGGCGAAGAAGACCACCCCUUCUGCCCGCCGCUGGCCAAAUUCACAAAACUAAAGUACCUCGCCUCAACACCCCUCCUCCUCUACGGCAAUCGCUGCCACCACGAACCCCCAUCCAAGAUCCCAGCCCACCUCCCCAAAUCCCUCGUCGCGCUCGGCCUUUACUGCGAGCUCUCCAUGCCGGACCUGAUGCCGGGCCAGCCAGGCGGAGCGACAGCCCGCCGUUUGUUUGAAGAGGAACUCAUCCAGAUCCUCACUGCGGGAUCUGCGAAUGGCUUGCGCGCGCUGAUAGUCGACCAUACCCGCAGUUGUUUCAAGGAUCACAAUGACUCCCUGGAGAGCGUGGCUCUUGCCGCGCAGCAUAUGGGCGUGAAGUUUAUCUGCGCGGCGCGGGGGCCGAGCUUAGGGCUGGAGAAACAGCCGGUCCCAUCGUAUCCUCUCCACGGUGGGCUCUGGAUAAGAGUGCCUUUAUUUGGUUGGAUGACCGUGAGGUGA